ACCCCUAAGUUAGCCGGAUUGCCUUAAAAAUACAACCCUUCAAAAUCUCUCCCGUUAGGGCGUUACUGACUUACUGUAGUGAGUAGUCUGUAGAGUAUUCGAGGAAGCUAAUAGAAGAAGCAAAAAACAACCUAGUCGGCCGGUCUCCCAUCAUUCCACCGUUAUUCUUCUUUACCCUUCAAAUCCAUCGAGCAAAUUCCCUCCCUCUCUGUUCUUUCUCUCCCCCCCCCCCCCCCCGUAAACCUAAUUCCGAACUCCAAGCUCUCGCAAUGGACGCCGUCAAACUCAAAGAACUGAAGAACUUCGUCGAGCUCUGCAAGUCCAAUCCCUCCGUUCUCACCGAUCCCACUCUCUCCUUCUUCCGCGACUACCUCGAGAGUCUCGGUGCUAAACUACCUCCCGCUGCUUACUCCGGAUCGAAGAAUCAUGUUGACGAGGAUAGCGACGAGGAGAUUCCGGAGAAGGAAUCCCCUUCAGUCGAGGAACCGGAGGAGGAAGAAGAGGAGGAUGAGAUAAUUGAGUCGGAUGUCGAGCUGGAAGGCGAGACUGUCGAGCCUGACAAUGAUCCGCCGCAGAAGAUGGGAGACUCGUCGGUAGAGGUCACUGAGGAAAACCGUGAUGCUUCACAGGAGGCCAAGGCCAAAGCUAUGGAAGCUAUCUCUGAAGGGAAAUUAGAAGAUGCCAUUGAGCAUUUAACUGAAGCUAUCCUGCUUAAUCCGCUCUCAGCUAUAAUGUAUGGGACGAGAGCCACUGUUUAUAUCAAGAUGAAGAAACCCAAUGCUGCCAUUAGGGAUGCUAAUGCUGCUCUCAAGGUUUGUUAUUGGCAGAUAAAUCCAGACUCAGCUAAGGGAUACAAAGCUCGUGGCAUGGCAUGCUCGUUGCUUGGUAAGUGGGAGGAGGCUGCUAAGGAUCUUCAUGUUGCAUCGAAGUUGGAUUAUGAUGAGGAGAUAAGCGCUGUUCUUAAGAAGGUUGAACCCAAUGCACACAAGCUUGACGAGCACCGUAGGAAGUAUGAUAGAUUACGCAAAGAGAGGGAGGAUAGAAAGGCUGAGAAGGAGAGACAACGCCGCCGUGCUAAAGCACAAGUGAGUUGUGAGAUGCCUACGAAGGCCGAGUAUGAGAAGGCUAAGAAGCAAGAGCAAUCAUCUUCCAGUGGAAGACCCGGAGGAAUGCCUGGAGGAUUCCCAGGAGGCAUGCCUGGAGGAUUCCCUGGAGGCAUGCCUGGAGGUUUCCCAGGAGGCAUGCCUGGGUUCCCAGGAGCAGGGGGCAUGCCUGGAGGGUUUCCAGGUGCAGGAGGUAUGCCUGGAGGGUUUCCUGGAGCUGGUGGCAUGCCAGGUGGAGCGCCUGGAAAUGUUGAUUUCAGCAAAAUACUGAAUGACCCUGACAUGAUGGCUGCAUUUAGUGAUCCAGAAAUCAUGGCUGCUCUUCAAGAUGUUAUGAAGAACCCUGCCAACCUCGCGAAGCACCAAUCAAACCCAAAGGUGGCUCCCGUAAUCGCGAAAAUGAUGAGCAAAUUUGCGGGGGCGAAGUGAACAGUUGUUGCUCUUGAGUUUCUUAAUCCUUGUUCAGAUCAUACCUUGAGCUUUGGUGUUGAACCCAUUAGAUCUCUGUUUUUGGGAAGUUUGAACUGAAGCAACUGUACAUGGAACAUCUCCCGUGCCUUGGAGUUGUGUUUGUCACUCUGACCCCUUACAGAGAAGGAACAAUUCGACCGAAUCAGUUAUAGGUUCUGUUUGCAGCUCUUAGAACUAUGACUGUUGCUCGUUUCGGGGUGGGAUUUGGUUGGUAAACGGUAAAUUGUUUACCGAAUUUACCGGUUUCGGUAUACCGAAGUUGGUCAAAUUGGUUACCGAUUACCGAUAUCGGUUUGUAACCGGUUUACAGAUUACCGAAUUAUCGAUAAACGGUUACAAACCGGUAUUACCGAAAUAUCGUGAGACAAAGUUGUCAACCCGAGGGUUGACCCGGACCCGGUCGAGCUAGUGGGUCAAGGGUUAAUGAAUCAA